UUCCAUGCCAGUGUUGAAUAAAUUAGUGUCUCAAUUAAUUGAUUGAUCAUUUCUGAAAUGUUUCAUUAAAUGACAAAAGGUGGUUCACAGAUUAGAUGACACGGCUCAUCUCAUCUUGAGAUGUAUCCGUGAUCUUCGGUUGUGGAUUCUGGGAUGGGUUGCAUGAAGGUCUUUUUGGGUUUCUGGGCGUGCUAUUCUUUGCAUGUUUCGAACAGAUAAGUACUUGGCUUCCUUGAUGAGCCUUGAAGGUUUCUGAUGCUGUUUUUCUGCACUUUUUGAACCCUAUUCCUUUGUUUUGCAUUUGGGUAUUGUUCUGGAACUGUCCCCUCAGUUGGCGUGUUAGUUUUUAUUUUUAUGUGUGUGGAUUUGAGAUUUGGUCUCUGUGAAAUGAUGUUUGUGAGAUAGAUUUAUCCCUGUUAAAUUGGUGGCUACUUUUAAUUGAAGAUCAAGAGGGUAAUAAAUGAAAAUGAAGAAGCUGUUGGGUGAUGGAGUGUGAAUAGUUUGCAUGCUUUCAAUAUAUGUAGAUAGUGUGAAAAGGGUUGAAAGAAAUUGGGUUGGAGCUAGGAUUUGAGGUCUAAUGGGUUCAUUGGUCUGAUUUGGAUUGUGGUUUGUGCGAAGCAAUGGAAGGGAAUUUGCCCCAGGGAAGUAUAAUUCAAGGUGGGACGUCUUUCGGUGGCUUUGAUUUGCCGGGAUCAAUUCGGGUUCAGCAUCAAGCACAACAUCCACAUGCCAUGCACCAACAUCAAACUCAUCCGCGUCAAGGAUCUUCUGUACAUUCCACAGUUCAUGAUGUUUUCCCUCUUACAAUGGGAACCCUGCAGAACUGUGACCAAACUAUUUCAAUGACAGAGUUUAGUAAAGAAAACAGAAGCAAAAACUCAGCGAGUGAGGAAGACGAGCCGAGCUUUACCGAGGAUGGUGUUGAUUGUCACCAUGAAGCUAGUAGAGGGAAGAAAGGAUCACCUUGGCAGCGGGUUAAGUGGACUGAUAAGAUGGUAAGACUUCUGAUAACAGCUGUUUCUUAUAUUGGUGAGGAUGUGACUGUUGAUGGCGGUGGCAGUGGAAGAAGGAAGUUUGCAGUAUUACAGAAGAAGGGUAAGUGGAAAUCUGUUUCCAAGGUCAUGGCUGAGAGGGGUUAUCAUGUUUCACCUCAGCAAUGCGAGGAUAAAUUCAAUGAUCUGAAUAAAAGAUAUAAAAAGCUUAACGAUAUGCUUGGGAGAGGCACUUCUUGUCAGGUUGUUGAAAAUCCCGCUCUGUUGGAUGUGAUAGAUUUUCUUUCUGAUAAAGAAAAGGACGAUGUUCGAAAAAUAUUAAGCUCAAAACACCUGUUCUAUGAGGAGAUGUGUUCUUACCAUAAUGGUAACAGAUUGCAUUUACCCCAUGAUCCUGCAUUGCAACGUUCACUCCAGUUAGCGCUGCGAAAUAGGGAUGAUCAUGACAACGAUGAUAUGAGAAGGUCCCAUCAUGACGAUCACGGCGAAGAUGAUCAAGAUGUGGAAAUUGAUGAUCAUGAUGACUUUGAAGAGAAUUGUGCUUCUCAUGGUGAUAGUAGAGGAAUAUAUGCACCAUUAGGUGGACCUGUGAAGAAACUGAAGCAAGGCCAAGGGCAAGAAGAUGGUAAUACUUUUGGCAAUUCUCUAAAUUGUCAGGACUACAACAGAAGUUCGUAUCCCCAUGGGCAGAUGGUCCAAUCUGAUGUGAAUCAAGCUUUACCUGAAAGCAUGAGAGCAGCUUGGUUACAGAAGCAAUGGGUUGAAUCUCGCUCACUUCAGUUAGAGGAACAAAAACUACAGAUUCAGGUUGAGAUGCUGGAACUAGAGAAACAGAGAUUCAAGUGGCAGAGGUUUAGUAAGAAAAAGGAUCGGGAGUUGGAGAAGCUAAGUCUAGAAAAUGAAAGAAUGAAGCUUGAAAAUGAACGUAUUACUUUAGAACUUAAGCGAAAGGAAAUGAGCACUGGCUUUAAAUAGGUCAGCACCCUCGCAAGCUUUGUAGCAAUUACAUUACAUGCAUGGUGCUCGAUUUUCCUUUCUUUUGCUGUCUUUGGUAAGUUGUUUUUUUAGUUCAAAGUAUGGGUUUUUGAUUUGGGAACUUUGCAAAUCUAACUUUUCCUCUUGCUUGUACCGUUUAAGUUUGUCAAUAGUAGUGCAUAAGGGUUAGACUCUACUGAAGUUUUGCUGCCUAUGUUCAAAGACUGUGUAUUAUUAAUUGUCCGUCCUUCCAUUUAUCUUACAGCCUGUAUUUAUUCUUCUGGUUAUUUAUUUGUUUUCUUCAUUCUUUGAAAUCAUUCAUGUCCCUAAUAUAGUGAGAAUAUUUUUUUUUAUUGUUGAAAUCAUGUCUACUGAUCAUAAACUUGGGGUCACUUGCUUCUCUUAAAAUUCUGAUAGAGUAUCAGUGCUCUCUCUUGGAGAGAGCAGUGAUUCUGCGGUAAAAGCAGAGAAAGAGGUAGAAGUGAAUUAUGGUAACAGAAGAUCAGUUGACGCAUGUUACAACAAUAGAUUGGAAGAAGUUACUGAAGAUUCUUGCAAGGAAGAAACACCAGUGGAGGAAGAUUUCAUUCACUUGUGCAAGGACGCAACAGAAGCGAUUGCACAAUGGAAUGGAAUUGAGCAACAAUGAAGGAGCAAAGGAUCUCGUCUUCAAAAAGAUUAGCUCCACUGCCACAAUUCAUUUCAUCUUCCAUGUGCAAGAUUCACUUAAUCUUCCUGGUUUGCACUUGAGAAGUUUGCCAGUGACGUCUUCUUCUUCUUCUUUACCAUUGGCGCCCCCUCAUCCCCCAUUGACUUUUCUUCUGUGCUUUACUUCUCCAUUGAACUCUAGUCUUUCUUGGGUGCCAUCGGCAACACCCUAGAAAUGCUCCUCAAAAUUGCAACGUAGAAUAGAAGAGGUCAAAUUGGGAAAAUUCAUUAGGAAUUGUGAGAAAUUGAAGGAGCUUUUUAGGAAUUGCAUUAGAAACAUUGAUGGAAGUUUCACAUAGUCAGAGCAUUUUAUGCAAAUAAUACAUUGCAAUGAAAUGCUAUAUCUCCUGAUGUAUGUGACAUGUUUCUAAUGCAGAAAAGUACAUUUCUUUUACAUUGGCCAAAAGUCAGUAACAUUUGAAACAGUAAUCUUGGUUUUUGUGUUCUUCUUUUGAAUCUUUUGUGUCUUCUAUGCUUGUAGGAGUUUGUCCAUUUAGUUUAAAGGGUUGGACAAUGGUAGGUGGAAAGAGUUAUGGUAUUGUGUCAUUGUAAGCUCUGUGUCUUCGGCUGUAGUGAAGUACUCAGAUUUUGAGGGGAAUUUUCUUAGUGAAGGAAAUAAGUAUAUAAGGUGGUUUAAGAGGGUGAAGUUUGUUUUUUUCCUUUUAUGAAAUAUAUGCCAUCUUUGCUUGUGAUGAAAUUGUGCUCGCUGUUAAAUUGCUUAAGCUACAAAGUU